CGCAUUUGUGAAGAUCACAGUGGACUUCCUGAGGAGAAUGAAGCAGGAGGAGCUGGCUGACUGUCUGCAGAGCAAACUUCAAGCUGCAGUUUGUCAUCGUAACCUUAAAUCCUCCCUGAAGAAGAAGUUCCAGUGUGUGUUUGAGGGCAUCGCUAAAGCAGGAAACCCAACCCUUCUGAAUCAGAUCUACACAGAGCUCUACAUCACAGAGGGAGGGACUGCAGAGGUCAAUGAUGAACAUGAGGUCAGACAGAUUGAAACAGCAUCCAGGAAACCAGACAGACCAGAAACAACAAUCAGACAAGAAGACAUCUUUAAAGCCUCACCUGGAAGAGACGAACCAAUCAGAACAGUGCUGACAAAGGGAGUGGCUGGCAUUGGGAAAACAGUCUUAACACAGAAAUACACCCUGGACUGGGCUGAAGACAAAGCCAACCAGGACAUCCAGUUCAUAUUUCCAUUCACUUUCAGAGAGCUGAAUGUGCUGAAAGAGGAAAAGUUCAGCUUGGUGGGACUUGUUCAUCACUUCUUUACUGAAACCAAAGAAGCAGGAAUCUGCAGCUUUGAAGACUUCCAGGUUGUGUUCAUCUUUGAUGGUCUGGAUGAGUUGUUCAGGAGUUUCUGGCUGCUCUUCAUGUCCAUCUGA